CAGUUUGCACGACGUGUGGGUUUGUUUCUUCUGUCCUUACUCUAUGGUUUCUUGUGGCCAAUAUUUGAAAAACAAAGUCGUUGUUUACUGCUUGAAAUGAGUUACAGUCUAUCAAUGAUUGUUUAAGCAAAGUCUAGAGAGAGAAGUAUACCAUGUUAUAAUUUGAAACCCCAUCAAUCAAGAGUUUGUGAAGCGACGCUGGAACAUUGCAACAAUUUCAAUUUGUAUCUUACAGAUUGAUCGAGUGAACUCACCAUGGCAAAUUCAGACGAUGAAGAUGUUCUAUUUUCAUCCUCUCGCUCUUUGUCCAAUCAACAAGGCAAGGGACUUCUGGGUAAUAAAGUUAAGACUAUUGAUGACAUCAUGAAUGGGCCUAAGGAGGAUCGUCGACUCAAGAAGACGUUGGCUUUGUGUGCCAGCUUCCUUGUUCUGGGUCUUUCGAUCGCCGUUGUGGGACCGACCCUUCUAGCUCUCCAGAAACAUCUCUCCGUCGAGUUCCCAAAGAUGUCAUAUGUCUUCAUCGGUCGCAGCAGUGGGUACCUCAUAGGGUCCGUGAUGGGUGGCGUCAUGUUUGAUUAUAUAAACACAGCUUUGCUGAUUGGCUUAACUUUACUGGUUAGCGGGAUUGGAAUGCUCUUAGCGCCGUUCUGCUUGCAGUUGUGGAAUCUUUGUGCCGUUAUGUCUGCUGUUGGAUUAGCCAUGGGUGCUCUGGAUACUGGUGCAAACGUAUUUUGUCUGCGUCUAUGGGGUAAGCGCUCACCACCCUUCCUACAAGCUCUUCAUUUCAGCUUUGCCCUUGGUGCUUUCAUCUCUCCAUUGCUUGCAUCGCCGUUCAUUGAAGUUGGGAAUUUAACCUCAACUCCCUUAGCGCUGGAACAUUCAGGGGGUCUCUCAAUGGCUACACCACAGUCGGAUGGUAUGACUACAAUUGUACAUCUGGAGGCAACAAGUGAAGAAACACCUGAGAAAGAACAACAAACACCUGGGAAAGACCAAGAAAAACCUGAGAAAGACCAAGAAACACAUGUGAAAGACCAAGAAACACCUGGGAAAGACAAAGAACCACCUGGGAAAAAUGAAGAAACACCUGGGAAAGAUGAAGAACCACCUGGGAAAGAUGAAGAACCACCUGGGAAAGAUGAAGAAUCACCUGGGAAAGAUGAAGAAUCACCUGGGAAAGAUGAAGAAACACCUGGGAAAGAUGAAGAACCACCUGGGAAAGAUGAAGAACCACCUGGGAAAGAUGAAGAACCACCUGGGAAAGUUGAAGAAACACCUGGGAAAGAUGAAGAACCACCUGGGAAAGAUGAAGAACCACCUGAGAAAGAUGAAGAACCACCUGGGAAAAAUGAAGAAACACCUGGGAAAGAUGAAGAACCACCUGGGAAAGAUGAAGAACCACCUGGGAAAGAUGAAGAACCACCUGGGAAAGAUGAAGAAUCACCUGGGAAAGAUGAAGAACCACCUGGGAAAGAUGAAGAACCACCUGGGAAAGAUGAAGAACCACCUGGGAAAGAUGAAGAACCACCUGGGAAAGAUGAAGAACCACCUGGGAAAGAUGAAGAACCACCUGGGAAAGAUGAAGAACCACCUGGGAAAGAUGAAGAACCACCUGGGAAAGAUGAAGAAACACCUCUAGCCGUAUCACCUGGAGCACCUCCAAUGGGUGGUUCUGAUGGACAUAAACGACUUAGGCGAAAUGCAAGUGAAGUAAACAGACCUGAUGAUUCCAUUGGAACUAAGAUCUCUUCUUUACACAACCCGGCCAGCAGCAAGUUUCAGAACGUGUACAUCAUUAUUGGGAUCUUUACAAUUCUAGUUUCUUGCAGUUUCUUCUACUUUUAUUGCACUUCGCCCGUCAAGCCACCGCCAGGGCCAAAGAGCGAGGAAGACAAUGAGUCUUACACUGAUUUCAAGAACACCAUUCUAUUCCUCAUGUUUUUGUUUUACUUUCUGGAAGUCGGGGCAGAGAUUGGAUUCGGUGGGUACAUAUUUACCUUUGCCCGUGUCAGCGAUCUGAACUUUAGUGUCUCGUCAGCGACAUUGUUAAAUGCUGCCUUUUUCGGAGCGUUUGCCAUUGGGCGAGGGUUGUCCAUCUGUCUUGCAGGUGCACUCUCAGCGCGGGUGAUGUUGAUAAUGGAUGUAACGGGGUGUGUUCUGGCAUCGCUUGUGUUGACGCUGUACGGGGAGACCGUUCCAAUCGCUGUUUGGGUUGGAACUGCUUCGCUAGGUUUAUCUAUGGCGUCUCUGUUCCCAGCUGGAAUCUCGUGGUUGGAAUCCUUUUGUAAGGUGACGGGCAACAUGGCUUCCAUUCUUAUUAUCGGAUCGGCUCUUGGGGAAAUGUGUUUCCCGAUGAUGAUUGGUUGGUUGUUCGGGAAGGACCCAAACCAUCCAGAAGGUAUCGAGCAAGGUCCGAUAGGUUUGAUGUAUAUCAUACUAGCUGCCUCGUGUCUUACUGCGAUUCUGUUUGUCAUACUGCAGUAUCUUGCGAAGCAGAAUGGUGUAGAGUAUAAGGAGAUACCAAUAGCUCCCAAUGGUAUUCAGGAUAUGCUUCAGGGUUUUGAGGAAUCCUUUGUUAUGGAAGAGUUGGGUCCGACUCCUAAGAAAGCAACAAAACAAAUCUCAAAGCCAAUUAUACCUAAAGCGAUACAAGUAAAGAAGCAUAGAGAGUGAUUCGUGUUUGCGAGUUUUAAAGGCACUUAAAGGCAGUGGACAUAAAACCUUCUUUGGUGACGAGUAACGGGGAGAGGUUGAUGGUA